CAAGAGAUGACGACCCGAAGCCAUCGCACGCCCGGCUCACCGGAGGUGCCGUCACUUCCAACGGCCUCGAGUGUGCCGCUAUCGGAGCUAGCAUUCUGCGCCAGAACGGCUCGGCCGCUGAUGCCGCCAUCGCGACGCUCUUCUGCGAAGGUGUUACCUGUCCGCAGAGUAUGGGCCUGGGAGGAGGCUUCCUAGCCACCAUCUAUAUCCGAGAGAAGGGCACGGCCGAGGCACUGGAUGCUCGCGAAGUGGCCCCAGCAGCGGCCACACAGGGCAUGUUCGUCAAUCGCACGGUGAGCGGUGGGCUUGCGGUGGCUGUUCCCGGUGAGGUGAAGGGCUACUGGGAGCUACACCAGCGGUACGGACGACUGGACUGGAAGACGCUGGUCGAGCCGACGGUGAAGCUGUGCCGCGAGGGUCACCUGGUGACCGGAUAUCUGGAGCGCAUUCUGGCCGGACGAGCGGACCGUAUCCGCAACGAACCGUCGCUUGCGGAAGUGUUUAUCAACCCGGAAACGCAGCAACCGUGGAAGGAAGGGGAUCGCCUGAAGCGCCCUUCACUCGCCGACACACUCGAGGUGAUCGCCGAGGAAGGAGUCCAUGCCCUGUACAGCCGCAACGGAACGCUCCUGCCGAAGCUGAUGCGCGAUCUCAAACAGUUCGGCAGCAUCAUCACCGAGGACGAUUUCUUAAACUAUGAACCAAGGUGGCUCGAUGCGGUACACACCAGUAUUAGAAAAUCUAGUCAAGUAUUCUCGAUACCGCUGCCCGGUAGUGGACCCAUCCUGAACUACAUGCUGAACAUACUGGACAACUUCGGCGACAUGCGGCAGGGCGAUCCACUCUCCUGGCACCGGCUGGUGGAAAGCUUCAAGCACGGCUACGGUCGACGCACCCGACUCGGGGAUCCACCGUUCGUGCGCGGAAUCGAGGACGAACUGAACAAGUUAUCCAGCAAAACGUACGCCCGAUACAUUUAUGAAACGAUGUCCGAUAAUAGCACGCGCUCCGACUUCGAACACUAUGGUGCCGAGUUUUCCAACGUUCCGGAUCAGGGCACGGCGCACGUGUCGAUCCUUGCACCGAACGGGGACGCCAUUGCGGUGACGAGCACGGUCAAUAGUAUGACAAUCUUUUCGCUGGUGAUCACCGUGAUCGUGGUGGUGAUCCUCAUGACCGUGGUCACACUCGCCUGGGCCGGUAACAUACCUUCGGAGGGAUCGGCUCCGCCGACCCAGCGCAGCGGAGCGGUCGUAGCGAAUGGAGCGGAAUGUGCCGAAAUUGGGGCACGAAUCCUGAGACUCAACGGUUCCGCUGCUGAUGCCGCCAUCGCGACUCUCUUCUGCGAAGGUGUCACCUGUCCGCAGAGCAUGGGCUUGGGAGGGGGCUUUUUGCUGACCAUCUACGAUCAUCAGAACCAGACGGUGGAAACGUUAAACGCACGCGAGACGGCACCAGCGGCAUCCGAGCGCAGUAUGCUGAGUGCGGCUAAGGCGAGGGGCGAUGAUACGAGGGGUCUAACGGUAGCCGUGCCCGGUGAGCUUAAAGGCUACUGGGAGCUGCACCAACGGUACGGAAAACUGCAGUGGGCCACGCUGGUGCAACCGACGAUUGAGCUUUGUGAACGUGGGCACCUGGUGACGCCAUAUCUGAGCCGAAUUCUACAGCGUGUCGAGGAGCAGCUGUACGCGGAACCUUCGAUGCGGGAAGUGUUUAUCAAUCCGGCGACGAACCGCACGUGGAAGGAAGGUGAUACAAUCAAACGGAUGCGGCUGGCGGAAAGUUUACGAAUCGUGGCGAAGGAGGGCGUUGAUACUCUGUACAGCAGAAACGGAACACUGCUGCGGAUGUUGAUGAACGAUCUGAAGUCAUUCGGAAGUAUUAUAGAGGAAGAGGAUUUCUUAAACUAUAGACCACGCUGGGAGGCUCCCGAUACGGUGGAACUAAAAUCCGGUGUCAAAGUACACUCCAUUACCGUCCCGGGAAGUGGAACCAUACAAAAUUUCAUGCUUCGCGUUCUUGAUGGCUACGAAGAUAUGGCUCCUAAGGAUCCACGCACUUGGCACCGGAUAGUGGAGAGCAUGAAGUUUGCGUACGGAUUGCGCACACACAUCGGAGAUCCCGUGUACACGCCAGAAGCACUUGGAGUCAUUCAAAACCUAACGGAUCCACAGUUUGCGACGUACGUACGCGAACAACUGAUCGACGAUGAGCAGACGCAUAAUGAUUUUGUGUACUAUGGAGCCAAAUUCGCCGAUGUUGAGGAUAAAGGAACGGCACACGUAUGUGUCCUAGCACCCAAUGGGGACGCCGUGUCAGCGACUAGUACCAUCAAUUAUUUACUUGGCGCCAAAAUCCGGUCCCGGUCGACGGGGAUCAUACUGAACGAUGAAAUGGAUGAUUUCUCUACCCCUGGCACGGUGAACACCUACGGGUUGCCAGCUUCACCGGCAAACUUUAUUACCCCACAGAAAAUACCGCUUUCCUCGAUGACGCCAACGAUCGUCACUGAUAGCAAAAGUACGGUACGGAUGGUACUCGGUGGAGCCGGUGGUUCUCGCAUUACCAGCGCCACAGCCGUCAUGAUAUUCCGCCACUUUGUGUUCGGCGACGAUCUGAAUGCGAUCAUGAACGAGAAGCGUCUGCACCACCAGCUCGCCCCGAUGUGGCUCGAUUACGAGGAGGGGUUCGAUCAGUCCAUACUGGAUGGCCUCACGAAAAAAGGACACCAAGUGAAGGAAAAAAGACCUGAUGCUGGAUUUGCGGCGGCCACCGCAAUCGUGCAGGAUGGUGAUACAAAAGUUGUAAAUGCAGCGUUUGAUCCGCGUCGAGGGGGAAGUGCAGAGAUUAUGAAGGUUAGGAUCUAGGUACUGUAAAUUGGGGAGCAGAAUGCCCCUUUUUGAUAUAACAUAGUUGAAUCUCUUCUUCAUUAUUAAGUGUACCCUUCCAUGUGUAUGCUAUUCGGACAAGUUAAUGAAAUAUUAGUGCUACUUAAACAGCUGCUCUCU